AUGUCUGUCACCAAAAAAAAAAAAAAAACAGAACAUCGACGAAUCGCAGAAAUAGCGUCAAGUUCAAAAAAGGAACGAACACAAACAAGAGGGGCACAGACGGCCGUGGACUGGGAACACGAUACGGUCAAUCUUAGCCACCGGUGCGGUGUAUUGCCGCCGAAACUAGAGCCGUCGAAAAAAGCGCGUGUGAACGGCGACGGCGAGGCGCUUCGGCCAGGGAUGAGCAAACACGCCGGGCGAAUGGGGAACAAAGCGAUUGGGCCACAAUGCCCCAAAGGCCGCGGAGCCCUAAUCGGUGCGAGUCAGGGCAGCCACAAAUUCGCGCAACACUACUCUUUUAUUGAGUAUCGCGGCGGGCGCGGCCCCCUGCACCCCUACUGUCGCCCCCGCGUGGCCCCCCGCCAGGCCCCUUCCACCCCCAUUCAACCCCUGUUCGCUGAGCAACCCGGUCAACGCGGGCAGUAUGUGAGGCGCUAUUUACGGCUGCGGGUACAUAGGGCCCUGGCCAUAGAGCGGAGCCCUAGCGCGCUAAUGAUGUGCGACCACGCCCCGGCGCAGGGCUGCCACCUCGCCGCCCUGCCUCUGUUGCCUCGAGUGUCGCGGCCUGAAGGGCUCCGGUCCAAAUUGAAACGGCGAGGAUAUACAUUGAUCCAUGUG